AUGGAAUUCUUGGCUAUGCUGGUCCUAGCUCCUCUCCUUUCAGCACAGAACAUACCAGUUUUCCAAGAAGACAUUACUGCUGGUGCUGUGUCUUCCACAGGCCCUGCAAGUAUGAAAAGGACAGACAGUCCCUCAUCUGUCUUUCAGAAUCCAAAGACUAGUGUAAGUUCUUCAGAUGACGAGAACCGGCCACUGGUUGAAGCAUAUUUAUACAAUGGCAAUGCCACCUUUCUCUCCCUGGCGAAUUGUUCUAAAGCGUAUCAGUUACCUGGACGACAAAGACCAGCAGGAGAACUCAGUCUCUUGCUGCGCCCAGCUGUGGAUGCCAUUACUAAUGCUGCCAACUUCCUUAACAUGAUUUUUCAGGCGAAUGACUUACGGGACAGCAGCAUAAAGGAUGAUUUGGAGUGGUACCAUGCUUUGGUGCGGGGUCUGCUGGAGAGCGACCCCCUCAUCCGCCGGGCCCUCCUUGCUUUUGAUACUCAACCUUCGGCACUGCAGCCGCAGCUUGUGCUCCAGGCAAAGCACCCUAGCUACAAGUCCCAGGACAUUCUCCUGCAGGACCUUUCCUCAGCAUGGCAAGACCUUCAUGCAUCUCCACCAGCACUUGAGGCCAGCUGGUACACUGCCCUGAAGUCUUCUGCUCAAACACCUCCCACACUUUCCAAACGGAUACUUUUUAAUGACCUAAAUACCUUGGAGACACCGAAAUGGGGACGAGGUGACAGCUAUGUGACUAAUAGAGAUGAAGUUCAUUGGGCCAGUGCACCUUUUCUAGAGUGUGACAAGGGGCAGUUCCUUCCUGACUGGCUGCUCAUGCUUUCUACUUCCUUCUAUGGUCUCAAACCUGAUCUCAGCCCGGAGUUCAGGGGAGUGAUCCGUAUAGAUGUCAGUCUACAAAGUUUUGAUGUGGACCAGUGUGCGCAAAGAAAAGAUUGGUUCUCCAACACACAUCGAUGCAAUCGCACAACCAUGCAUUGUGAACCUGUCCAUGGGCGGGGCUUUCGGCUCGGACAGUACGCCUGCCUGUGCAAAGAGGGAUACUACAGCCUCCCACUAGGCACUCAAAAUGCACGAGUUGGGGAGGAUGGCACAGCCAAUACAGGGGAAGCAUUAUCGCCCCCUGUUCCCGCGUGUCUGCCCUGCUGGCCAGGCUGUAAGCAAUGUAAGGAUGGAGCCCCUUGCAAGGUGCAGGGGACCCGGUACCUACGGUUGGGAGUUCUGGCAGUGCAGAGCCUCUUUAUGCUACUCGUACUCAUCAAUAUGUUUGUGGCCUACCAGUUUCGUCAGAACAAGAGCAUCAGGGCAUCUGGUCUGUUGCUGCUGGAAACAAUCCUCUUUGGCUCACUGCUGCUGUAUUUUCCUGUCUUCAUCUUGUACUUCAAGCCCAGCACUUUCCGCUGUAUCUUACUUCGCUGGGUGCGCCUUAUGGGGUUCGCUAUGGUUUAUGGCACUAUAACACUGAAGAUGUACCGGGUGUUAAGGGUGUUCCUGUCCCGUACUGCCCAGCGGGUCCCCUACAUGUCCAGCACACACAUGUUGAGGCUGCUGGGAGUUAUCGUGCUGACGGUGGGCUGGUUUUUGUCUGCCUGGACGGCGAGCGUGCUGCAAAACCGUGAGCGUAACAUUCCCUUGCUAAUCACCUCCAGCACUCCAGAGGGGAAGAGCUUCAGUCUGUGUGAUUUAGAUCGCUGGGACUAUAUGAUGGCCGUAGCCGAGCUGCUGUUCCUGUGCUGGGGGGGCUCUCUGCAUAAUUCUGUCAGGAUGAUCCCCUCUGCCUUUCAUGAGUCACACUACAUGGGCAUUUCAAUCCAUAAUGAGCUGCUCCUCUCAUCCGCCUUCCAUAUCACCAGGUUUGCUCUGCCCUUGUUGCACCCAGAUUGGAUGUUACUGCUGUUUUUCACCCACACUCAUGUCACCGUCUCUGUGACUCUAGGACUUCUGCUGAUUCCCAAGUUCUUGUACAUGUCGCAACCAAUACGCAAGGAGAUGGCAGCAGAAGUAUAUGAGGAGGAGGUGGACCUCCAGCGCUCAUGCUCGCACUUCAAUAGCAGCUUUGCCUCUGCCUGGAACGAGCACAACAUGGACUCCGAUGAUAUACGGGACGAGUUAAAGAAGUUGUAUGCGCAGUUGGAGAUACACAAGACCAAAAAGAUGAGUGCAAACAACCCCCACUUGCCAAAAAAGCGCAGCUCUCAUUUGGGAUUGGGCCAGUCUAUAAUGAAGCACAUCACAAGGUUUCCAGGGUCUAUUAGUCGCCGAUGUAGUCGUGAGGAAGUCUCACAAUAUAGUGGAGGAGGAAGCAAACCAGCAUCAUGCAAAAAGAAGAUCUUGGAGUCAGGUAGCAUCAGGUCUUCAGAAGAAUCAUUCAACAAAGGUGUUCUUCUGCGCUGUAAAUCCCACAGUACCUAUGACCGUGGCCAAGAGCACCAGUUAUGCACUGGUGAUGUUAAAGAUUCCUCACUGCUAAACUCUUCCAUGAGAAGGAAGCUGACCAAAAAAGCUUCAGAGAGCUCCGAAAUAAAGUCUGAAGAAGCUGUACCAUUUGUAUACAAAUCUGCCAGUGCACACAACCUCUCUGCUGAUAAUCAAUUACUGCAGCCUAUGCCAAAAAAGCUGCAGAAGUCAUUGAGUGUAAUGACGAGCAACAUGGAUGGUUCAGCUCUACAUCCAAGCAUGAUCUACACUGCAGAUGACGGCCAGCAUUCCAGUAGGCCAAGCCAGAAAGAGAGUCAUCCUAAACACCAGCUAACAAUCAGUUCUCAGACAUUAAAUGCACAUCUGUCUGAAUUAUCUAACAAGGCAGAAGUAUGUUUUGCUGAAAAUAGAAGUCACAAACAUGUCACUUAUUCUAUUCACCCCCAAAAUGGCCAAAAAUCUACAGAAAGGACAGAAUCCCCUUUAAUGCAACACAACAGUCCAGUGGAAAAGUUGCCAUGUGACUUUCCACUGGAGAGCAUCAUUUGGGUGCAAGAAGACAUAAUGAGCAAAGACCAGAAGAAAAGUGAGGAUCGCACUGGAAAUACUGAGGGGUCAGACUCAGGCUCAGAAGUAGCCAAAGCUCAGCUUUCUGCCUCAGGCAGUGCCCCUCACUCCCCCAUCACAAUCUUAGCACAGCCCGAGGAGCUUCGGGUUCUGUCAUUAUGUGGUACCUCCUGUAACUCAACAAAAGGUCUGAAGCGAACUAGUAAGUGCAGUGGUAAGGACAAAGGUAUUUUUUCAGAAGAAGAGCAGGAAGCAAAUGUGGAAAUGUUGAUAUCUAAGUCUGAAGACAGUGUGGGUUAUUCUUCUUCAAGUCUCUUAAAUUCAAUGAUGGACAAUGUUGUAAUUCUAAGGAAAGACAACAAUGGGAUGUAUAUUCCUGUAUCACAUAAUUUAGCACUACAUACACAACAAAGAAACACAGCCAAUAUUCCCCCCAGAAAACUUCAGGAAGAGACAGCGACUCAGACGACAGAUACUAAAGAACGCAUGCAGGCUGAAUUACAAAACAAGGCUAGGAAACAACAGAGUACCUAUGAAAGCGUAUGUCCAUGGGAGACUGUAAACUUACAGAUGAUUAAAAGGCAGACCAGCAUACGUACUAAUAUCUGCCCUUGGGAAGUGGAGGAAGAGCCUCUUUUCAAAGACAGUAAGCACAUUAGUGAAGGUCAGGGGUGCACUGUACAAGCAACCAUGACUAAUUUUAAACAUGAAAAUAUGGUUUCAAAGACAGAUAUUUGUCCCUGGGAAGUUUCAGAGGCACCACAGCACUCUCCAAAAAGACAAGAAAGCAUUAUGGGAGACAUCUGCCCUUGGGAAACAAAAGAAAUCAACCCUAAUUCAAUCAGCAUUAGUUCUGAUAAACAAUUUAAUGAAAGACAAGAGGUAGAAGGAGGUCAGGAGUUUAUCCCCCCGGCUCCCCAUGAUGCAAUAUGCCCCUGGGGGGUCCAGGAGGAAAAAUCUCUCCUUGAAAAUAUAAUUUCCCCAGAUAUUCCUUCUGGCCAAGGAGAAGAGAUGGAAAUAGAUGCAGAGAGUGAGGCAGAGGUCUUCUAUUUCCCAGAAGACUUAUAA